UUGAUAAGGGUGGUCUUGGACGCAUUCAUCAAAGUGCCAGACAAAUUGUCACAGGUGUUAGGGGACGUGCUGGAGCUAGCAUGCGGUGGUGGUGGUUCUGGCCGAGGAGGCGGAGGUGGCGAGAAAAAAGGAAACAGCACAGUCAAUAAAAUAGGAGUUGUCACGGGUGUAGCGAUAAUCAGGAGUCGUUGGGCCAAACGAGGCUUGCGGUCCCCUCCCUCAUCAGUAGCCGACACCGAUAGUGCCGACAGUACUACCUCGACGAAAAUCUCAGAGGACUUUAAUCUCUCUAAAGAACAACAUGCUGUGCAGCCUUCUACCGCAGAACCAGGUCUCGGAAUGAUUCAUGAAAGUCGUGGCUACCCAAAUGAAGAUUGCGGACGAGUUCUGUCAUGGAAUCCAUCCAUUACAUCUCAAUAUCUUCCAGACACUACCGUCCGAAUUUCUCCUCGACGUGGUUUGGCUCCUCAAAUCCGAUCCUACGCACCUGAUGAUCGUCAUUAUCAUCAUGAUUCUCUGCAUGCUGCUUCUUCAUAUCCGCCAAAUAGAAGCUCAAGAUCGCCUUCUCCAGCCAGAGCUGCAUCCUUGGAUGCUCGUUGCAGAAUUCCUGAAAGUUACACAGAAAGUAUUCACAGCGGGGCUACGUCGGCGUCCCAAGCCUCAUUAUCAUCCGCAGCAAUAGGAACAGCAUCAGCCUAUGGUUCAGAGCGAAGACGAUGCUUAUCACCCCUUCUCAUUCCACCACCGAGACCGACAAUCAGUGAUCGAGCUUUGGGACCUCCAGCUUCACCUUUGGGUUCCCUACAGCCUGAUCUUUACCUACGUAGAGACGGUCCUGUUUUUCUUGAUGCACGGAGAUCGGGCAAAAGCUUAGGUCGACUGCACUUGCGCUUGAAGUACGAUUUUGAUAAAUCUGAUUUACACGUACACCUGAUAGAGGCACACGAUCUAGCUGGAUGCGAUCAAGGUGGUUUCAACGAUCCAUACGUCAAACUCACACUCAGUCCAGAGGUUGAUUCUCGAAAGCGAGAAACACCAAUUCAUCGUAACGAUCCAAACCCAUUUUUUGAUCAGCAUUUCAAAUUUCCCGUCAGCCAUGAAGAACUCCAGGACAAGACUUUAGCUUUGCAGGUGUUCGACUACGACCGUUUUUCAAGGAAUGACGUCGUUGGAUCCGUGAAAGUAGCCAUGGAUCAACUCGAGUUAGUUUCAUCAUUAUCAUCUGUAGAGGUCUGGGGUGAAAUUGCAGGUGAAAAGAAACCACCUGAAGAAAUUCAGGAACUGCUCCUCUCGCUUUCCUACUUACCUAGUGCAGAGAGACUAACUGUGGUCAUAGUCAAGGCUAGAAAUCUUUUUCCUGUACAGGGUAAAGAAUCGCUCGAUCCAUUCGUGAAAGUCAGUCUUCUCUCUGGAGAUAAGAGAGUUAAGAAGAAGAAAACUGCUGUCAGAAAAUCAACAAUGACUCCCAUCUGGAAUGAGGCAUUAUCUUUUAAUGUUCCUGCAGGAUCACUGGUUUCUUCAGCUAUCGAAGUAUGCGUGCUCGACUCUAGCAGCGAAUUGAUCGGUAGCAAUGCAAUCGUCGGAUCCUGCAUUGUUGGACCCGGAGCAACAGGAUCUAUACUAAUUCCGGAAAGUGGAAAUAGGAGUCAAGAACAUUGGCAGCAUAUGACGCAUUCGCCUAGAAACGGUGUAGCUAUGUGGCACACCUUACGUUAGAAAAUGGUUAAAUUUUUAAUAUUUUACAUAAAUCUAAAUGUAUAUUCUUUAUCGAACUGAUGCGACGUCAGUUGCAUCAUUUGUUCAAAUUAAAACAAUUUAAAUUGUAUCCCUAUCCCAGGUGAAAAAGAUCUAUAGAAUUUGAGUAAAAUGAUUGUACACAAUUUAUACAUGAAAUCGACAUCAAUUCUAGUCUAUUUUCUAUGUAGAAUUUCUAUGUGAUUUUGACAAAAUUGCGAAAGUAGUAUCAAAAACACGAAGAAGGAACUCGGUACAAUGCCUAUCAUUAAUUGAACCACUCGUUAAAUUCCUCAGGUCGAUGUGGGAAAUUUACUCAACACCAAAGUGACAUUCAAAAGACUUCUACAGGGAAGUUUGAUUUGGAAGGCCACGCGAUUUCUAAGCAACCUAAGUAGAAAUUUCGCCAACUUGUCCGAGCUCUAAAACGUGGCCCUGGUAACUUCCGGCCGUUGCACCAGGUCAACAACGACAAAACAUUCGAGAAAUUGUGGAUAAUUCGUAUACUAAGAGUAAUAUGUGACCAGUUUUUUCGCGCUAGGACGACCUUAGUACAAAAAAAUCUCGCAGAAGGUCUUUACAGUGAAAUUCUACAGAAAGUCUUCUAGAAUUUUAUAACCAAUAUCACCAAAAUUGACAUAAAAUUCAGUCUUGAUCAUUGUCUUGCAUCAGGUUUUGCACCAGAUGUUUAAAAUAAAUAAAUAAAGAUUACAAACACAUUUUGACAAUAAACUUUAAUGUAAUUUAAAGUUUAAAAUAGAUUAUUUGAAUUAUUAAUAAUUCCGAUUAAAAGAAGAUUUUUUUAAACGGUUCAAAAUAUUUAAUCUCACGACUUUCACACUCCUUAAAAAUCAACUAGUGGAAGCUAAAUCAAUUAAUAAUUUUUUAAUAUAUUUUCAUAUGUCAAAAUCAGAUCUGGCAACAUCAAAAAAUUUCAAAUACUAGAAUACUUCCUGUUAUGAAGCAUCCAAUGCACAGGGUCCCUUCAGGAUACAAUCUAAGUCCAUUUUUGUGAUCCUUCUCAUUCAUUAAUAUUAGGAGACUUCCUGUAUAAAAUUUCAUUGUAAAUACCUAGUGCGACACUUCGUGUACUAAAGAAAUAUUAUGUACUCGAAGAUUAUGUCGUUGAUCUGAUUAUGUUGUUAAUGUGGUUAUGUUGUUAUGUUGUUGAUCUGGUGCAACAUCCGGAAGUUACCGUGGCUUGUUACCCACUUGUGAAAUGUUGUGGUAUUCAUGUAUAAAUUCUACAGAAAGUAGACUAGAAUUUAUGUAGAAAUUCUAUGGAAUCAUUCUACUUAGAUUCUAUAGAUACUCAAAAGAAAACAUGAAAAUUCAUACAAUAAGACUUAUAAAUUGUAACACAAGAGCACAACGUAUUAAAAUUAUAUCUUACACUGUUCAAUUUUAAAAGGAUGUAUAGUUUGUCAAAAGUAUUGUGAGAAAAUGGCUAACGAUCCUUAAUUAUAAUUAACAUUUCUGGAAUUAUAUUUCAUAUGAGCGUUACAGACCUAAAUUAUUUGCCUCAUAUCAAUAUUUAAACAAUUAUUUUCUGAAUAUUGAUUUUAUAAGAAUUAUUCCGUGAUCUUCUCACGAAAAAUUUAACGUAGAAUCCGAAUUGAAAUAAACUAAAGGUUUACCUUACUGUUUUUUUUUAGUUUUUGUUGCAUAAUACGGAAGGAAACUAUAUCGAUAGUAUAAGGGUACGCUGCAGCGUAUUCUUUCCGUUCAUUCGGUCCGACAGGACUGAGGGACAUUUUUCAUUCUCUGUACGGAUAUUCACAGUAUUCGAAAAAGUAAAUAAUUUAUCCUAAUUACUAUUUUUGAUCAAACCCAAAAUUACCAAAGUUAUAUAGCAUUUACAAAAUUUAAAAAAAAACACGAAAAUAAACAUUUUAAGCAAAAGAACUCACCAUAAAACACCAACCAACUAUGAGUCUUGAUGAAACAAAUCUCCCCCCACCCACAUUAAUAGAAGUUUUGUGGGACUGUUGUUGUAACUAAACUCACUAUCCUAGACGCUUUGAGACACUCUUGUAGUGAAUUAUUAGAAGACGAACACGAUGCCAUGGAAAAUUCAAUGGAGAAAGUAUGUGUCACUGAGAUUAGGGAUAUAAUUUAUAAAUUAAAAACAGUUAGACUGCUGUGUAGACCGAAUGUGUAACAUUUUAAUCGUAAAAAUGAAAUCAGAAAUGAGCAACUUCAGUUUUAUAAAAAACGGCAGAAGUUGGAUAACAACAGAUUUUUUGGAAGAAUGUGCAUUUUUUAACGAGACAAUGAAACUACGUCUGUUUUAAUACCAAUGCAUGUUAUAAAUUGUAAUAAUACAUAUUUACUGAAAUGAUAUAC